UUGCGAACCGGAGUUUUUGAAGCGAUGGAACGAAGAACUACAUAUUGACUGGGAAAAAAGAAAAAGUUAAGCUAAAUUCUACACAACUGGGAAAGCGGGCAGAAGAGGACAAAUCUCUAACAAACCAACCUAACCAGCGGUAAGAGCUUUAACAAAGCUCUCAGAACUGGUAAAGUCAAAAUGAAGACACCUGGUCUUUCAUUGCCUGUCUUGGUUUUCCUUCUUUGUCAUAUUUUAACAAUUCACGGAAGGAGCAUUAAGAAGGCACACGGCAAAACGCAUGACAAAGAAAAAGAUAACGCAAAUUUCUGUGAUGGCAAAGACGAUGGGGUAUAUGCAGACCCAAGCGAUUGCAGCUCAUAUUACGAAUGCAAAGACGGCGAGACAUCUAAAAAGACUUGUGACAAAGGUCAAUUGUUCAAUGAGGCCAUAGGGAAGUGCGACGACGAAAAUAAUGUCAAUUGUCCACAACCACCACAACCCCCACAGCCGCCGUUACCACCGCAAGAACCACAGCCACCGUAUCCAAUACAGCCACCACAGCCGCCGUUACCACCGCAGGGACCAUUGCAACCACAGCCCCCUCUGGAACCACAGCCACCUGCCCCGGCGCCUGCACCUGCACCAGCGCCUGAAGCUCCACAGCCACCUGCCCCGGCGCCUGCACCAGCGCCUGAAGCUCCACAGCCACCUGCCCCGGCGCCUGCACCUGCACCGCCAAUGCAAAAAAAGAAAGCAAAGAAAGCAAGGGAUUCUAAAAGUCGUAAAGAAGACAAAGUUGAAGAGUCUAAUAAAGACAAGAAAAAAGAUGAUCCUAAUUUUUGUGAUGGAAAAGACGAUGGAGUUUAUGCAGACCCACAGGAUUGCAGUUCAUAUUACGAAUGUAAAGAUGGCGAGACUUCCAGAAAGACCUGUGAAAAUGGACAACUGUUUAAUGAGGCGAUAGGCAAGUGCGACAAUGCAAAUAAUGUAAAUUGCCCACAGACACCACAACCACCGCAACCGGUGCAGCCGCCGUUACUUCCGCAAGAACCGCAGCCACCGUAUCCGCUACCUGCACCUGCACCGGCGCCUGAAUAUCCACAACCUGCACCGUUACCUGCACCAGCGCCUGAAUAUCCACAUCCUGCACCCGCGCCUGCACCGGCGCCUGAAUAUCCACAGCCUGCGCCCGCGCCUGCACCAGCGCCUGAAUCUCCACAGCCUGCGCCCGCGCCUGAACCUGCACCAGCGCCUGAAUCUCCACAGCCUGCUCCCGCGCCAGCGCCUGCACCGCCAAUGAAAACUAAGAAAGCAAAGAAAGCAAGGGACUCUAAAAAUCGUAAACAGGACAAAGUUAAAAAGUCUGAUAAAGACAAGAMAAAAGAUGAUCCGAAUUUUUGUGAUGGAAAAGACGAUGGACUCUACGCAGACCCACUCGACUGUAGUGCUUUUUACGAAUGUGCUAAUGGCCAGGCUUUCCGACAGGUCUGUGAUGAAGGACAAUUGUUUAAUGAGGUGAUGGGCAAGUGCGACGACAUUAAUAAUGUAAAUUGUCCACAACAGCGGAAGAAAGCAAAAGACUCUGGAAAAGGAAAAGGAAAAGAUGACGCUAAUUUUUGUGAUGGAAAAAAAGAUGGAGCCUAUGCAGACCCAAGCGAUUGCAGUGCAUAUUAUGAAUGCAAAGAUGGCGAGACAUCUAAAAAGACUUGUGACAAAGGUCAAUUGUUCAAUGAGGCCAUAGGGAAGUGCGACGACGAAAAUAAUGUCAAUUGUCAACAACCACCACAACCKCCWCAGCCGCCACAACCACCGCAAGAACCGCAGCCACCGUAUCCAAUACAACCACCACAGCCGCCGUUACCACCUCAGGAACCUCAGCCGCCACAGCCACCUGCACCGGCGCCUGUACCUGCACCGGUGCCUGGACCUGUACCUGCGCCUGAGCCUGCACCGGUACCUGCACCUGAGCCUGCACCAGUACCUGCACCUCCUCAGCCGGCGCCUGCACCCCCACCUCAAAAAAAGAAAGCCAAGAAAGCAAAGAAAGCAAAGGAUUCUAAAAAAGGUCGUAAAGACUCCUCUAAAGAUAGUGAUAGCAAAAGGAGAAACGUGAGAAGUCUGGAUGAAAACGUUGAAGAAAAUCUGCACGAAAAAACUUGGAUGCGAUCACGAAAACAUAGACGCCAUCAUCAUCAUCUGCACAAGCGCUCAAAAUUUCACCAUCAUAAAAGACACAGAUUUCACAUCAAAAGAUUAAAAGCUUCAAGAACAAAGAUACAUUCGGGUGAAAAAAGAACGCCAAAUAAAGGUCUGAAUGUCAGGCUAAAAGUUCAAUUCAAAGGACCUAAUUUGAGUGGAACACUUGUGUCAAAUGAUCCACUAAACCCAAAAGAGGGCGAUGUUACUGUAGCAGCUGUUCAAAAUGCAGAACAAGGUGAUCCCAGCCCAGUACAAACUUCUACAUACCAUGAUCAGCAAAACAUUGUAGCUUCGAUACAGCCGAAGCAAGGAUUCUCUCAAAAUCCUUUUAAUUUCGGUGACAACAUUCAAUCAUUGAAUGAUGCCGCCGGAAAGCCAAUAAAGGGAGAUGUAGUGGUUCAAGCGUCGAGAAUGCAGGAUGGAACUGUUCAGACAUCAACCAGUGUCAGGCCAAAGGAAAAUGCUGGAAUCGAAAACGCAAGGUUUCAGGAUGGUGGCAACGAAAAUCAUGCCAUUAUUUCCCCUGAAAAUCUUGCAUCUAUGUUAAGAGAUAGCUUUCAAACUCAAUCGAAAGUUGUACAAUUAAAAGAAGGAAAGCACAAUUCCGAAGUUCUUGGAUCAGGUCGUCCUUUAAAUAGGACAGAAUCUAAUAAACUUGACAAAGAGAAGAAGGAAAAUUCAAAAACAUUACAAGGAAUAUUGGAAACCCUUAAUCUCAUUAAAGCUGUAUCCAAGGGUAACUCAACAACCAAGGAAAGCAAAGGAGAAGACGAUAAGUCCAACAGCAGCAAGCCAGCUGACGCAAAGGAGAAAUCCGAAAACUCCAAAAGCACGUCAGAAAGUAAAAAUAAUCCAGAACCUGACACAUCAAAAUACAAGUCCGGACCAGCCAGUUCCCAAGAAGAAAAGCAAACUACAGAGCAGACGUCACAGCAAAAUCCGGGUGGAAUUCUACUCCUAAUUAACAAGAACUCUAACAAYUCUUCCAAAGAUAAAGAUCAGGGGAAUAAAUCAGGCGGCAAUGCUAUUGUUAUAAUGCCUAAUAUAGGAACCAAAUUGCCUUCUUCAAAUAAAGGAAAAAACGAUGGUAAAGAUGAAAGMUCUUCAAAGAACGCGGGAAAAGAUGAAAGUAAGGGUGAGAGCUCUUCAAAGAACGGAAAAGACGUUGAUAAAGGUGAGGACAGAGUAAAGAAUAGAAAAGAUGAUGGUAAGAUUGAAGAAGUGAAAAAUACAAAGCAAGGAGAAUCAACUUCUACUGACAAAAAACCUGAGACAAAAGUAAUUGAAAAAGAAACACCAAAGCCCAAGGAUUCAGAUACGCAAGCAACAUCUGAUGUGUCUGUCAAAUCAGAGAAGUCCGAGAAGCCCAAAGACAGUGAUAUCAACCGUGAUAAACAAGACGCUACGGCRAUAUCCGGUUUAAUAGGACUUAUAGGGAACAUAGUGCAAAAUAAGCUCCAGAGCAAAUUAAACGGAAGUCARAUAGAAUCGAAGUUAUCCCUCGAUUCUAACAAAAACAAAACAAAACAAGAUCUUGGAAAGAACAUCACCAUCGGGAGAAUUAACAUCUCCUUGCAAUCUGUUGACCAAGGAAAAUCCCCAGAAAAUUCAAACCCUGGUUUACCUGAAGCUAUUUCACGUUAUCAUCCAACGGUAGCAAUGAAACCCGAAAGAAAUUCGCCGAGCAUUCAGGAAGAUGGAAGACCAAAUGGGCGUUCAGAACAAAGCAGCGCAAAACUUCCAGACAAUGKCCCAACGUCUGUUACAUUGUCCCAGGACUAUGACAAACCUGUCAACCAAGAACCAGAUUUGAAAACCGCUUAUAAUGAUACCGUUAUCACUACAAGUUCUAAAGCACAAUCAGUGCCAAUAAUGCGCAUCCGUCUAAAAGGUCCCUCUAACGACGCUGGAACUGAGCAAGACAUGACCUURCAAAACAAAGAAACUCACAGCGCAAUAAUCGUCAACUCUGUUAAAAAUAGCGAUGCAGCACUAAAGGAUGAUGCUGGAAAUAAGCCAAAACCUCUUCAUACAACAACAGUUAUCAUAAGAAAUUACAAUAAGGAGCCAAAAACUGUUAGUUACGGAUCAGAGGACCAGUUCGAUACUCUUCCCAUGAAAGGAAGCGACAACUUUGAUGCUUAUGGCAAUAGAAAAUUGGCUUCCCCAGUCAUAUCAAUGAACGAUGCUGAUGAUUUGCUUGCUGGAGACAAAGCACUAAUUGACAACUCAGCAAUGCAAAACUCGUUGUUUAACCCUGAAGCAGCUACUUUCUCUGAGCGUAAGGAAGACAGCAUGCGGAUGGCUAAACAGCAUMACUUAGGAGGAACUGCAAUCGGGAAAUCAGAGGAUGAAGACUUUGCCCAAGCUCUUCUGCACCAGGAGGACAGGCCAAAGCCUCAAGGGAAAAUGACUUACAAAGAAAACACCCAAAGUGGUCAAGCAUCAAUAAACUUGCCAAGCGAGAAAGCACAAGCUUUUAACAAUCACAGGUUUAAAGAAGUUGAGAAACCACAUAUGGCACGGCCACAUGGCCCUGUUGUAAACGGGUAUAAUAACUAUGGACAGCAGCAAAACCAAGGAGAUUUUGGAAGUAUGCAGUCCCAAGGAAUGAAUGAUGUUCCAGCAGGGAUGAAURUAGGUAGAGGAGUGCAAAUGGGAGYGAACCAAGGYAUGGAGAUGCAGCCAAUCAAAGGAAAUACCCAAGAWAUGGAAAAUAGCAUGAAACAAGCGCUUUCUAAUAUGCAAGAUAUGGCCAUGAAGCAAAUUCAAGACAAAUACCCCGGGAUGCAGAUUACCAUGAAAUCAAAUGAUGAUAGCGAGGACAGUGAAGAAGAACAAGAACAAGAACAAGARCAAGAGCAGUCGCAAGAAAGUGGUGAUAAUCAAGAAGAAGCUUCUACUGGAACAACUCAAGAAUCGCAACAAAGUGUAGAGGAAGAAAAAGGCAAGCCUGAAAAAAGCAAACCCGAAAAGGACAGCAGCACCAAAGGRAAGGAAAGUAAUAAAAGCGGCAAAUCCAAUUCGAAAGAGCAAGACAAAAAAGAGGAUGGAAAAGAGAAAGGAUCAAAAGAAAAAAGCGGCGAAAAGUCGCAAUCAGAUCAACAAAUUCCAGCCAAAGUUGAAGUGAAGAAAAUAGAUCCCAAGGAAAUGUGCAAGGAGAAACCAAGCGGUGUGUAUGCAACUGACGAAGACCCCAGUAARUUCAUCAUUUGCUACAAUGGAGUGACUGAAGAAAGGCAAUGUUCCAACGGAAUGGUAUUCAAUCCAAGAGAAAAAGUCUGCGAGACUUCAAGCAAGUUGCAGGACAAGCCCAAAGUAGAAACCAGCGGUAAAAUUGUCCAUGACGGAAAAGCUGAUAAGAGCUCMCCUUUCAAGACAAUUACCUAAACACUGAACUUUGUGAAAUAGAGUACCAUUCAGUCAGAUAGCAUGUUGUAUAACCUAGUUAGCAAAUUUUUAGAUUUGAUAACACUUCACUACCAAAUUCAUAUGAUUUCUUACUUUAUGAUCGUUUUAUUUGAGUUUUAACUUAAGGACAUGAAUUGAAUUUCCCAAAAGAGCAGUAUGUCUAUGCUAUUCUCUGAAAAAGGCCGGCAAUGAUAUAUAUAUAGAGAGAAAAUAUUUAUUUGCUAAAUGAAUUUGUUAUUGUUUGUGUUAUAGAAAACUGAAUUAUAAUUGAGAAAUUAAAUCAUGUGUAACAUUGAUAUUGAAAAUUAAAAAUUUAAGAUAUUAAAAUGA